AUGUCUUGGAGGGGUGGAGGUGGAGGUGGAGUGGAAAGUGGAGAAAUGUCUCUCGCAGGCACGGACGGUACGGGAGGGAAGGGAAGCACGAGCCGUAUUACGACUGUACGGACCGUCUCGGUCGCUCUACAGUGGAGUACGCUACGCUACAGUAAGCGACAAGGGAAAGGGAGAGGACUCAGAGGAGCUACAGUAUGAGACCGCACCGGGCAGACAAGGAGGAGGUCGAAAGAAGCCUUCCCCUGCGACUACGACGGUUCUGCCCCUCCUGCCCUCUUAUCCUCGUCAGAUGUUUCCCCGCACCCUUGCCCAAUUUCUUAUCAAGAAAGCACGAAACAUCCUCUGA